AUGUCUCUGAGAGGUCUGUUCAAACCGCAGCUUUUUCUAGGUAGGCCCUUGGUUUUGAUUUCCCCCCUCUAAAGGUAACAAAAAUGGUCAGUAUACAGCUAAUUCGAGAAAGGUUGUCAGAAAAAAUGCAUUCGACAAUCCCGAAAAGUAUUGUGCCUGGUUUUGAGUUCACUGUUCUUCAAAGAUUAGUAACUUGAAAGAAUUUCAUGAGAGGGACUUACGUUCGCGAUUGCUGAAGGAAAGUAACAAAAGUAGGUCCGACAGCUACAGUGUCAGUAACGGUGUAUUGAUCAUAUCCCAUAUUACCUUUCGGGAUUGCCGAAUGCACAUUUUUCCCGACCUUUCUCAAGAAAACUGUAUGAUGAUGAAUUUGUAAGCCUCUCAAACACUCAGCCACGGCGCCUUAAAUCUCUUGACAUGGGCAAGGUGAAAAUUUGUCGUCCAGAUACUUCAGUUAACAACUGGGGUAUUACAUCGAGCGCGAAACCUUAUUUAUUUGAAACGUCACAAUCUCAGCUGAAAGUAGGGUAGAAUCGUGUGAACAGUGGUAAAAAAAAAUACGCAUGUAUGCGCUUACAGACGAUCUGGUGUGAACAUCGCCUUGAUUUUUGUGGGAGCGUCGUAUGACUUGGCCUAUUAAAAUGUCUGGGAGCCUCUUGCUAUCGAGAUGUUCCAUCAAUUUCUUUUCUUUUAAGAAAAAAAAAAUCAAAGUAUUUUGAAUUCUAGUGGACGAAGAUGAUGACGGAUUUAAUCUCAUUCAGCCAUCGCUGAUCCAGCAGUUGAAGACCAUCCUAGAUCAGUACCCUGACGAUGGACAGAUAUUAAAGGUAAGAAAUUUGAAGACUUAAGGAAACUUUUAUGUCUGACUAUAAAGAGGUAUAAUUCCUUUUCACCUUUACCGUUUUCUGACUGAGUAUCUUCAGUCAACGUUGGGCUAACAAGGACAACAAGAAAAGAUAAGAUAAGCAUAGGUUGAGAAUGACGUAAUGAAAUAUGAACAGUGAGAUGAGAUGGGACUAGACUGAUGAGAUGGGAUGAGAAAGGAAUGGAAGAUUCUGAAUGAGAUACAUACGACGAGAUGCGAGGAGAUGGGAUGGAAUAAUGGAAAAAGAUGAGGUGAAGUGAAUACGUGUGAGCCAGGGUGAAAUCGGAUAUGCGAUUAUUUUGCCAAGGAGAGACGAACAGAAGAAAUAUAAGAUGGGGUCAGAUGAGACAAUAGAUGUUAGAAUGAUGGUUUACUAAGGGGCCGACCAUUUAACUCUUGAGGGGGGGUGGGUGAUUUUGAAAAAAAAUUUCUUGCAAGCGCUUGUUGGAAGAAAAAAAUUGCAUGCAGCAGAUGUGUAAUAGACAGCUUAUGGGAAAAAAAGGGAAAUAUCCUGCCCACCAAAUUGCUAGAAAAAAAAAAUUCUUGAUGACUAGAAAUCACCCACCCCCACCCUCAAGAGUUAAAUGGUCGGCCCCCAAGUGAGACGAGAUAAGAUUUAGUCAAUCGGCAAAAAAUCAAGAUGAAAUUAUCAGUGAUAUCUUGCAAGACUGAGAUGCCAUAAGGUUAAGUUCAUACUUUGUACAUAUCCGGGGAAGUGUGUGUGUGGGUUAUAGAUUACUUUAAGCUGCUUCUGUUUUAAUCUUCAUGUGUGUAUUAGGAGCUCAUCCAAAAUGCCGAGGAUGCAGGAGCAACUCAAGUGAGAUUUCUCCAUGACCUACACAGCUAUGGAACAGAGAAACUUCACAGCGAAGGACUGGGCCAGUUCCAGGUAAUCGUAAAUGUUGUCGUUAACUCUCAGAAAGAAUAGGUUUUUUGUCUUUUCGUCUCACUCUUUCUGUAAGAAUUCUUUUUAUCAGGGGGUUUUGCUUGAUCCCCUCCCCCGUUAGUUUUCUGACAGUCCGUCCCUUACCGAAGAAUUUACCCCCUUAGUGACAAAGUCACAGCUCAGUAUGUAUCGUCUACAAAAUGUCUCCCGGCGUCAUGUUCUAUAGUCGCAAACAAUGGUGGAUAUAAACCUUAAAAAACUGACAGCUAUACUAUUUUUUGCACUUUCCACCUGGUACAGUCGAACCUGUAUUAAGCGGUCACCCUCCGUUAAACGGUCCCGAAAAUGAUUUUCUAGGUUUUACAGUAAUUAAGAAAGCUUAGAAGUGGUCACAUCUAUCAUUUAUAAGCGGUCGCGGUCGCGGUCACCUUGUCCGAGGUCCCAACAAGUGAUAUAAUUUUCAUUAGUAUAUACACACUCAGUGAUCUUGGUGAUUUAAGCAAUCUGAUUGGUUCGCUAUCUCGGACUAUUCAACAAUAUUCACCUCCUUGCGAGUGGAUAAUGUGUGAGCUCGGUUUUUUUCCCAUUUUCUUAGAGAAAGAUCUUUUAAAAGUCGACAAAGUCCUAGGGUUUACUUUUUUUCAGGCAAGAAAAGACUUCGAAAGAUUCAAAACGGCGUUUUUCCAUUUACUGUUGUUGAUAGAUAGAUAGAUAGAUAGAUAGAUAGAUAGAUAGAUAGAUAGAUAGAUAGAUAGAUAGAUAGAUAGAUAGAUAGAUAGAUAGAUCAUCUUUAUUUAUCCACGGUACAAAAUUCGUCAGCUUUAAAAAUGCCUAAUACUAAUAUAAUAAAAAUAUUUAAAUAAAAAAGCUGCUUUCCACGAACGCCGUGCCUUACAGUUCUUUGAGUAAUCGUUUAAAUUGCCCAAGGGACUCUGCUCCCCUUAAGUUACAAGGAAGACUGUUCCAGAGAAUGGCGCCACUAUAGCUGAAGCUGUUUUUGUAAUAGUUUGUGCGCGGUAAUGGAACAUUGAGUUUAUUUUCAGAGUCCGUUAGGUUAUAUGCGACUUCUCGCCUUUCAAAUUUAGAACUAAGAUAGUUUGGAGCCAGCCCGUGCAGAGACCUGUAAACCAUCGUAGCUCUUUGAAAUUGUUGCUGGCAAGCUAGGUUUUUCCACCCUAGAAGUUUGAAAAGGUGAUCAGCAUCUACGUCAUAGCUUGAGUAGGUCAAAACACGGGCUGCUCUGUUUUGUAGCUUUUGAACCUUAUUCCGUAAGGUUAUCCCACAGUUUCCCCAAACAAUGUUGCAAUAAUCAAAGUGUGGCUGUAUUAAAGCUUGAUAUAUUAGUUGUAAGGUCGCCUGAGGGACAAGGUGCCUUAUUCGUUUUAUGGCCACAAUACCAGAAGCGACUUUCUUUGUUACUUUCUCGAUAUGGCCACUCCAAUCAAGUCUGUCAUCGAUGGUCACUCCAAGUGAUUUCGCAGUAGUGACCUGGCUAACUUCAAAAUCAUUAAUUGCAAAUGUCGGGGACUCUGUGAGAGUACUUAGCCUCUGCCUAGAUCCGAUAAGCAUAAAUUCGGUUUUAGAGUAAGUUUGUUUGCUCUCAACCAAUUGUGAACAUUUUCUAAAUCUUGAUUUAGAUGCAACUGAAUAUUGUCUGCAUUAUCACCUGCGUACGUAAGGUGGGUGUCAUCAGCGUACAUCCUCGGCUCACAAUUUGAAAGACAGUUUGGAAGAUCGUUGAUGUAUAACAGAAAUAAUAAUGGACCUAAAAUCGUCCCCUGGGGAACACCACAACUUAAUAAACAGCUUUGAGAGAGCGAUCCGUUGAUGGAGCACAUUUGAGUACGAUUCUCUAAAUACGACUUAAACCAUUGGUGCGCGUUACCAUAUAUGCCGUAAUUGCUUAAUUUUGAUAAAAAGGUCUCAUGGUCAACUGUGUCGAAGGCCUUUUUGAGAUCUAAGAAAACAACGGCGUUGAUUUUACCGCGGUCAAUAUUGUACGCCCAAGUGUCCGUGGCCUCAAGGAGAGCCGUGACAGUUGAGUGAAUAGCGUGAAAGCCUGAUUGAUAUUUACAGAUUAUAUUGUGCUCUUCUAGGUAGGCAUAUAAUUGAUCAUACACGAUUCUUUCAAAGACCUUGGCCAUAACUGAGAUCACCGAAAUUGGACGAUAAUUGUUUAAGUCGUCCCGAUCGCCUUGUUUAAAAAGUGGGGUGACCUUUGCGCAUUUCCAGUCAUCCGGAAAUAUGCCUUGACCUAGUGACUGGUUAAAAAUAUCACGGAUAGGAAUGCAAAUGAGAUCUGCACAUUCCCGAAUGAGCCUAGCAGAUAUCUUGUCAAAGCCAGCUGCCUUUGACUUAUUUAGACGAUUCAAAAUCGAUUGUUUACAACUCCUGUUUAUUCGCCUAGAAGAGGCCGUUUCGUGAACUCAGCGUUUCCUAACAAGAAAAAUUUGGCCCAAAAACGAAGUUUACUUAUGACAAACAAAUUUGAAAGCAAAUGUUUGCAGAAAUUCUACGUUUCAAGUAAACACGACAAAGAAUGCUACAUGAAGACGACGUUUUACCUCGAGGAACCGAGUCGCCAUUUUUGUCAGCACUUCAUGCGCAGAACGACACAACAAACCUUUUCGGCUAUAAACUUGGCCAGUCAACAGAAAACAACAAGGCUCUUCUUUUCUUCUCAGGUAAGGAAACAAUUCAAACUUUUAGCGGUUCCAUUUAAGUCAUUACGCUGUUGUUUGCGAAGUGAUAAGCUUGUGAAUUGCCAUGUUUGAAAAUUCUACAAAGAUCUAUUUUUAAACUGUCGCGUGUCUAGCUGACCUGAUCUCUCAAUCAAAUCGUACUUUUGAAUGGUUUCCCCUCUGAUUUUGUUGAGAUCACUUCGUGUGUAUAUACUAAAACAAUUAUUCUUUUCAAUCUCGGUGAAUAGUGGCUUUAGGAAUAUUUACCUCACCACUUCGUGGCUCGGUAAAUAUUUAGCCACUAUUCACCUCGAUUUCAAAGAAUAAUUGUUAAUUGUCUUCACCUCUAUCAAACAGUCACUUUGAGAAGACAUACCGCACUAGUGCAACAGAUACACUGUGUAUGACGUUUAGUGAUCUUUUACUUUCUUUCUUUUGGCACACGAAGAGGCGGAAACAGGUUAACUGGUCAAUUUGUUGUGGAAUAGAUAUUUCGCUCUUCCUGUUCCUUCAUUUUCUUGAAAAACUCUUAGGUUUGUCAAACCUGUAUUAAACGGUCGACUUGUAUUAAGCGAUCAGUAAGCCAUUCCUCAAGGGUAACCGCCCAAUACAGUUUUGACAGCAUUGCGUUUUCACUCCAUUCAGGGAGCAGUUCCUUGUGGCUGAAUAUGACUAAAUUAUGUGAUGAUGCUGCAAGUCAGAUUUGAACACAUAAAAAACUGGCAACGCUAAACCAUUCUGCGAUAUGGGCAGCACGCCCACUCUCCUAUUCGAACAUACAAAAGAAAGUCCUCAAGUCAAAACGUUGGCUCUGGGAAGUGGUUUUCUACGCAUGGUGUGCUACAUCUACAACCUCAGUCUAGAACAGUUUCAUAGAUACAUUCUCAUAACAUGGAUCACUUUAAUUAAUGUCCACUAGGGCCCAGCACUCUACGCCUACAACAAUGCCGAGUUCACCAAAGAGGACUGGAAAGGUAUCAGGAUGCUCUGUGACAGUAUAAAAGUCAAAGAUCCGAUGAAAGUUGGUCGGUUUGGCCUCGGUUUCAAAUCGGUGUUUCACGUCACAGGUGAGAUAACUAUAAAAUAUUUAUACUUCAACUGUUGGUGUUGUAAUUAGUGACAGCAAGAGUUGAGUGAAUUAUUCAAGACAGUUACCUGUUCCUUUAUGGAGCUAAGCAUGAGUAUAUAUUAUUCAAAGUCGGCAUUAAUUAACAAGGGGGUAAAUUUCACCUAUCGCCUCGCAAAGGUGAAAAGACUCCCUACGUUUUAUAACACAGUUGUUUUUGAAGAAAACCACCGGAAGGAGCGACAUUCCGAGGCAAUGAAAUUAUUUACAUAGUAUGCUUAUCUCACUGGGAGAAAAAUAACGAGUUUUUUGUGUUUAAUGUAUUGAGAACUGAACAAACCCAAAAGUUAAAUGCAAACAUUUUGACUUAAGUCCACAACGGUUUGAAUAUGGACAAAUUUCCCUGGAGUUAAAAUAAUACUUUUUUCUGUGUAUAAAAAAGUGCUCCUAUGCGUAUAGGUAUUCUACACCCUCCUGUAAUACCCUGACAUCUUUAUUUGUUGCUUCUUUAAUUUAAACCUGGGCGCUGAGAGGAGGUAAUGAAAUGGUAUCUUUUGUGAAAUUAAGGAAUGAUUUCACUUGCCUUUUGGUUAAAUUUCAUUAAUGUCCCUCGCCUUCGCACGAAAAUUCACUCGUCACUAUUUGAUCACACAUACUAACACUCAAAUUUCGCGCCAAAAUUAACAAUUAAAUUGUCUUCUAUGAUAUUAUACCCUUGACGUUUUCCUUCAUUUACCUUCAGAUCUACCGAGUAUAUUAAGCGGUUCACAGAUCGGUGUUAUAGACCCACACGAGGAGUACUUUACCGAAGGGAAAAUUCGACGAACAGGUUAUAGCUGGAAAAUCACUGACGAUCGUCACGUCAUGGACAAUAUACCAGACCAGUUUACGCCUUACAAGGGAAUAUUUGACUGUACAGAUGAUGUUUUCUCAAGAGGCUGGUACGACGGUACUCUAUUUCGCUUUCCACUACGACACCGACCCUCUGACCUUUCUCAGACUCUCUAUUCCGCUGAAAAGGUGCACACAUUAUUUGAAGGAUUCAUGGCUGACGCACACUUGAUCCUCCUUUUCUUGCAACAUCUGGAAUCUAUCGAGCUGUACGUCCGUGGGGAGUACGACGAUAAACCAAGAAAAACGUUUCAAGUUCGAAUCACAGAUGAAAGCCUUCAUUUGGUACAAGAAAAGAGGAAGGAGUUUCACUACAAGAUCUCCACUGGCAGUCUUUUGCCCCAUCCUGUCAAAGUAACCUACCCGAUCACGGUUGAGACUGUACACUUUUCUCAAGGCUCAGAAACCACACAGAGUCAUUCGUUUCUCGUAACCAACUACUUUUGUGGCGAGGAGAUAUCGUUUGAAUUUCAAACCCUGGCUAAAGAUCAAAGCCUCAGUUACUUACCCUUAGUUGGUGUUGCCAUGGCAUUACCAGCAAGCGUUGGCGAACGUACUCCAAAGAUUCAAGGUCACGUGUUUUGCUUCCUACCGUUACCAGUACAGAAGACAAGUCUGACAGGUUUGCCGGUUCAUGUGAAUGGCUUCUUUGCUUUGAGUCAGAACAGACGUUAUAUCAAAUCUCCAAACGCAGAACAGGAAGAUCAGGAACUAACUGACAAGUCCCUCUUAUGGAAUAGGUGUCUUUUGGAAGAGGCUCUACCCAGGGCAUAUUCAACGAUGCUGCUAGAAGCAAUCAACGAGAAGAGCUACAAUAUCCAAGAAGAGACUGUUUACAGGUAAGAUUAAAAUGUCUCCAUGAAAUAAAAUAUUUCAGUUACUUUAUUGGCGCAAAAGGUUAGAUAACACCUAGAAAUUGGCAUUGCUAUAGAUAGUUCUCCUUGGAAUGCCUCAUUCUUGUUGAAAGUGCAACUAAGCACUUGGAAUAGAGAAUACAUUGCUUCGGCUCGUACGGUGUAAUUUUUGGAAUGUAAGACCUUUUCUGGCCGCCCAAGCAGCGAUAUAGAUUGGUCUAAUUCAACACGUCCUGAAAUUCAGGGUUUGACCAGGUUUCUAUCACAGUGGUUCGACAUUAGCAAAAACUGUUGCUCUCAAUAUCAACAUAUGGUUUUAGUUUCUGGUGCAAAUGGUGCAUCAAUUAAUUACACGUUCUGAAUGCUGUAUUCUGUAGGGCUUGGCCUAAUAUUGACGCCAUCGACCAGAAAUGGAAGAGAUUGCAGAAUCCCUUACUCGAGAUCUUGUGCUCCGCAAAUUUCGUAUACACUAAGGCUAGUGGAGGAAAGUGGCUGAAAGUGGAAGACGCUAUCUUAGACAGACUCGGUGAACACCAGCCGAAGGAUUUGCUCGUCAGUGUGUUGCUUGAAGCACAUCAAAAUGUCGCUUCCUUGCCUGAUUACGUGUUAAAGGCAUUUACCACGGUCGGCAAUAAACCAGUUACCAAGGAAAUUACUCCCAUAUUGGUGAGGCAAAUCCUCAAGGAAAUUCCUUCAAGUUACAGGAAACUUGGGAGAAUGGAAAAAUUGAACCUUCUAGCGUUCAUCCUGAACGGUAUAGAUGAGAACUUUGUAGACCUAAUUGGACUGGAGCUGCUACCAGUAUCCAGUGGUGCCUUCAAAUGCUUUGCAUCCCUUUCAAACUGUGACGAAGCAGUUUAUGUCUGCUCACCUGAUCAUCCAAGGAAAAUGUUUUCUAGUCUAGACCAUCAGUUUCUGGACCAAGACCUGGAGGGAAAUCUUUUGGAAAUGAUGGAGAAAGUUGCAAAGAAAGGUAUGAACGAUACGAGAAUGUUGUGAAUUUACAUAAAGCUAUUUUGUCUCCUUCAGCUAAGACCAUCUAAGAGUUAUUCCACUAUUUGGCGAGUUAAAAUUACAUUUCGCUCUCCACUAAUCAGUGCUUUGAGUCGAGGUUCAUUAAAAAUAACCGAUAAGUUUGUUUUGAACAUACUCAGCAACUAUUCCUUCCUUUUCUUGUAGUGAAUUGUUCACAGGAAAACAAUAGAUUUUUUAAUCAAAUCAAGGGAAUAGAAAUAUGGAGUGUAAAAGCAGUCGGCGUGUGGUAGUUGUAACAUUAGACCAAGAACUCUAUUCCUUUAACCUCGUUGCCGUAUUCAAAGAAACAGGCAUUUUUUACUUUGACGGAUUCUACGCGAGCUGCGAUUGGUCGUUGCCUCUAACCUAACAGAUUUUGAAACAUCCAAAGCUGACGUCACAGAAAAACUGGCGCACUGUUUUAAAAACGUUAGGAGGCUCGACCGCAACUUCGUACCAUAAUUUGACAUCCUAAUACAUCAUAAGGGUAUAGCAUGCAAAAGUGGUAUCUACUAUACGUAGGCAUAGUCUUCUUUGAUGAAAGAGGUACCUAGCGUGUUAUACCGCUAAGCGCGCUGUAAAGAGCAGUAUUUGCGGGUGAUUUUAUUUCGUGACAGGAGCGGCGAUUUGUGUUGUUAUUUUAGCACAAUCUUCUGUUAAUUAAUGGAAAGUGCAAACAAAUAUGUUGGAUAGAAUCUUGUCCUGCGACUAAUGGCGCCUUAAAAUAGCCCGUGUAUCUUAAAAAGCAUUUCAGAUAUGCACUGCAUUGUUCAAAACUUUUCAAAAUGUGAUGUGCAUUUUAUGUGUAAGGCGAAAGUGAGAAGACAUUAUUACCUUUAAUGUUUGAAUAGGAUGUACCCAGCUGAAGUUUCUUACGCAAGAUGACGUGGCUUCCCUUCUCUCAAAAUCGUUGCCACCAGAAUGGUCACAAGGUGAAGCAAUUUUCUGGUAUCAUGGAUCGGAUUAUCACAACCAUCCAGGGUUAGGUUGGCUUGAGCUCGUAUGGAAUUACUUUAGAACGUACUUCACCACGAAUGAUGGGCUCUGCGAGUUCACUGGUCUCCCUUUGAUUCCACAUGACAUGUCACAAGUACCAAUCAGCCUUUCGAGACUUCAACAGCCUUCUAAGAUUGUUGUGAAAAGUCUCCACGGUGAGUUUCUGGAUGAAACACUGAUUCAUUCCUUGAAACACCUUGGUCUUGUUAUCAUUCAGCAGUGUCCAUCUUACCUUACCCUUCACCCUGCUGUCGUCAAUGCAUUUAUUUACCCGCCAUCACCACAUGGUGUCUUAAAGGCACUGUCGGCUUGCCCAUCGGUUGUAGGAUAUAACAAGCAUUCAUUGACAGACGAAGGCAAACGCUCCUUAAGGAAGUUCUUUUCAAAGGAAUCGUCGCUAGAACCCCAAGCAAAGCAGCUUCUCCGUACCCUUCCUUUGUUUGAGACACUAAACAAAUGUUUUGUUUCUGGAGAGGAGGAUCUUUGUGCAGCACCGCCAGAAGGCUCUUACCCCGUUUCUCCUCGUCAGGAUCUUAUUGACGUCACACAUGAUGACUCCAAGAGGUUGGCACGUCUGCUAGGCAUCAGAUGCUUCUCUCCUAUAGAAUUUUUUCUUGAAAUUCUAAUUCCAGAUGUUAAAGGAGGACAUUACUCUAACGAAGAAAUGGACAGGCUUAUGGGAUUCGUGAUGGAGAGGUUUCAAGUUUUCGCCGGCGCAGAUCCACGAUUUUUAGGGGCCAUGAAAUCUUUGCCAUUUGUGCCAAGCAAAAAUAGAAGGGUCAGAGCUAUGGACCUUUUCGAUCCCGGGAUUGAGUUAUUGAAACGAAUGCUGGCCGAAGAAGAUGUUUUUCCAGUUGGUGAACAGUAUACGAACCCCGCAGCCCUCGUGGUUCUAAAUAAACUUGGCAUGAAGAGUGAAAAGGAAAUUAGCGCUGAAGAUCUGUACUGCAGUGCCAGAAAGAUCUCUCAAAUGUCAAAUUUGGAGGAAGCAAAGCGAAAAUCGGAAACCAUAAUGUCAUAUUUAGACAGUAAUGCAACGAAGCUUCAACAAACUGUUUCAGGGGUAACGUUGACACAACUUUUGCGAGACGUUCCAUGGGUAUGCGAAGUGAACGAGAGGCCCUUUGGUGUUCCUGUUAGCCUUAACGCAACUGAAGAAACUAGCAAAGCCCACUUUUACAAACCGACGGAAGUGACAAGUGAAGAUAAAGCUAACCUCAUUGGAACAGUGAAGCCUAUUGUAAGAGUACAUUCUUCAAGUCAAUUGGCAAAAUGUUUCGGCUGGGAUAAAAUGCCAGAUACAUUGGACGUGGUGCAACAGCUGAAAACCAUGGUCACUCGCUAUACCCAGGAUAAAAAGCCACAUUAUAUUUCAGUGGUCACGGACAUCUACGCAUUUCUAGAUCAGUCCGCCGAUCCUGAAGUCAUCAAGGAAGCUUUCCGGGGAAUUCAAAACUCGAUCUGGAUUUGGAAUGGAGAUGGUUUUUCUUCUGCUGAUGUUAUCCUUGCAGCAAGGCCUCCAAUUGAUCUUGGUCCGUACAUUUGUUCUCUUCCCUCCGAGAUGAUGCAGUUUUCAAACUUUUUUUCGAAGUUCGGAAUGAGAGAGCACUGCGAUGCUCUGUUUUUUGUACAAGUUCUUCACCUGAUAAAACAGAAGUAUGAAUAUGGACCCCUUUAUCCGAACACGGAGGUGAAAAGAGAUCUCCAGCUAUCUGCAGACAUUUUGAAUGAGAUUAAGCCAAAAGCUGGAGAACAACUACCUUCAGAGAUUCAAGAAAAAGUCCUCAUCCCAACACACGUAGAAGGAGAUUCCUACGUAAGGCUUGCACCAGUUAAAGAUUGCAUGUACUGUGACCACGAGUGGCUAGAAGAAGUCAUACCUGCUGAAGAAGAAAAUCAUUGCUUUUUUGUGCAUCAAAACAUCUCAAACAGUACUGCAGAAAUUUUACAAGUUCGUACUCUUAGAAAUCAGUUAUUGGAAGCUGAUGAGAUAGGAGAUGAAUUUGGUCAAGAAGAAAAACUCACUUGCAGAUUAAAUAAACUUCUGGAGGAAUACACAGAUGGUUUUUCAGUACCAAAGGAACUAAUCCAGAACGCAGAUGAUGCUGGUGCCACUGAGGUCAGAUUUCUUUACGAUGAAAGAACCAACGAAGAUGCUAUGACCUGUCUGAUUGACGAAGGAAUGAAAGAAUGCCAGGGUCCUGCUUUGUGGGUUUACAACGACGCUGAGUUUAGGGAUGAGGAUUUUGAAAAUAUUACUAAACUCAACGGUGGCACAAAAAAACAAGAAGCCGAGAAAAUUGGAAAGUUUGGGCUUGGUUUUAAUACGGUCUAUAAUCUGACGGACGUUCCUAUGUUCCUUAGCAGAAACUACUUUGUGAUUUUUGAUCCCAACACCUUUUAUCUUGGAAAAGCCAUCACAAACAAGAGCAAACCAGGAAUAAAAAUCGACGUCAACAAGAAUCCAGAGAGAAAGCGAAGGCUUAGGAACCAGUUUAAACCGUUCAAUGGCAUUUUUGGGUGUGAUCUUCUUCUGAACAAAAAGGACAACUCAUUUCAAGGUACCCUUUUUCGCUUCCCAUUGAGAACUAAAGGGCAAGCUCUGAGAAGUGAAAUUAAACAAGAUUAUUACGGCCACAACCAAGUGAGGGAGCUUUUAGAGAUUUUCGUAAGAGGGGCGAAAACGUUGCUCUUGUUUACGCAAAAUGUCCGUCAAGUCAGCAUAUUUCAUUUGCCGAGAGGGUCAACAGAGCAGACACAACCAAAACUGAUGUUUCAGGUAACCAAGGCAUUAUCACACUCAGGAAUCAUGAGAGAGUUGUCUGUUCCCAUGGAGCUGCCAUUACAUCAGAACAAUGUUAGCACAGACGACUUACAACUUUUAAAACAAUGUAACUUUCUACGAGCAUCAUCGCAAGUUUUAAAGCAUACUGAGGAUACGAAGGAAACCAAUGACUAUUUAUUGAGGUCGGCGAUCACAAUCAACGUAGAAGGCACCCUAACUGAAUGCGGACGCUUGUUCUUUGAGGACAAAAUCUCGCUACAUAAUUCAUCCGAGGUUUGGUUUGUUGCCUCAUCAAUGGGCAAAGGCCAAGCGAUGCAGUUUUCAAUGAAUGACAGGAGCUUGCUCCCAGCAGCUGCAGUUGCUGUCAAGUUGUUACCUCAGGAGAGUCAGAAGUUUGUACCAGAACCUAUUGUCAGUCACGCCACUGGAGGUAAAUCGCAUCAUAACGGUUCAGUGUUCUGCUACCUUCCACUCCCAAUUCACAGUGGUCUCCCAGUUCAUAUAAAUGGAACAUUUGCAGUAGCUUCGAACAGACGCCAUUUAAAGCAGAAAACAGAAGACGACAAAGCCUGCCCUGAAGAUGAGUGGAAUAAUGUUCUGUUUCAAGAUUCUGUAUGUACCGCCUACCUAGAUCUUCUGGAAGACAUGAAAACUAAUGCUACUACGUACUGUUUUCACUCUCUGUGGCCCAGGUCGUGUGACAUAGAGCCAUAUUUUGAACCACUUGCGCGUUCGUUCUAUCAGAAAGUUGCUAGUGGAGGCUAUUCCGUUUUCUCAGAUGGAGACACUUGGGUGGGCAUCAAUCAAGUGGUCUUUCUGGAGCCAAACUUUCGUCAUGAUCAACGGGUUGGAGACAUAUCAGUUGCAGUAUUACAGAAGAUGGUCAAUGAACAAGACGUUGUCGUUGAUCUCCCAGUAGAAAUUUUACAGUCAUUUAUUGACUAUGGCCUUGCGGAGAAAAUCCAGUUGAAAGCCUACGACAGAAGUAGGUUUUUCCGCGAACUGUUUUUCCCAAACAUUGGCUCCGUACCGGCAAACAAACGAGAUGAAUUGAUCUUAUUUGCAUUGGAUGAUUCAAAUGGAGAAUUCGAUGAAUUAAUAAAAACCUAUGCCUGCAUUCCGGCUUCACCCAGUGGUAAGAUCCUUAAACGCCCAAUGGAACUUGUUCACCCAAACAAAUCAACAGCCUCGCUAUUUCAUAGCGAAGAUGAGAGGUUUCCGUUUGGAACUGCUGAGACCUUCUUAGAUUCUGUGAGACUUGCAAAACUUGAACAACUCGGUAUGAAGGCUGAAAGGGGAAUCACUGCAGAUGAUAUCUACCACAGUGCCAACAAUAUUCCUCAAAUGUUAAAGUCUUCAGAAGCAAAGCAGAAAUCAGAGAAUAUCAUGACGUUUUUAGACAGCAAUCCGAUGUAUCUUCAACAAACUGUUUCUGGGGAACCAUUAGCACUACUUCUGCGAGAUAUGCCUUGGAUAUCUGUAAUGGAGGAAAUGCCCUUUGGUUUACCAAGAAGUCUUUAUUCACUUGUUAACCAUCGAGAAGUCCCUUUCUACAAGCCCACAGAGGUCACAAGUAAAGAUAAAGUUAAUCUCGUUGGAACAGUGAAGCCUAUUGUAAGAGUAGAUUCAUCAAGUCACUUAGCAAAAGGUUUCGGCUGGGAUAAGAUGCCAGAUGCAUUGGACGUAGUGCAACAUUUGAAAACCGUGGUCAGUCACUAUACCCCGGACGAAAAGCAAUAUUACAUUUCAAUUGUCAAGGAAAUCUACUCAUUUCUAGAUCAGGCUGAAGAUCCUGAAGCUAUCGAGUGUGCUUUGCAGGGAAUUAAAAACUCAAGCUGGAUUUGGAAUGGGGAUGGUUUUUCGUCUCCCGAAGCUGUUCUUGCUGGAAGGCCUCCAAUUGAUCUCACUCCGUUCAUCUGGUCACUCCCCUCAGAGGUGGUACAGUUCUCAAACUUGUUCUCAAAGUUUGGGAUGAGUGACCGCUGCGAUGCGCUAUUUUUAGUGCAGGUUCUACAUGUCAUCAAAAAGAAGUAUGAAUCGGGACUCAAGUAUUCAACCUUGGACGUAAAAAGAGACCUGCAGCUAUGCGCAGAUAUCUUGAAUGAGAUCAAGCCAAACGUUGGUGAACAACUAGCCUUAGAGAUUCAAGAGAAAGUCCUCAUCCCAACACACGUAGAAGGAGAUUCUUACGUGAGGCUUGCACCAGUUAAAGAUUGCAUGUACUGUGACCACGAGUGGGUUAAAGAUAUCACGCCUGCUGAUGAAGAAAGACAUUUUUUCGUGCAUCCAAACAUUUCAAAUAGUACAGCCGAGCUUUUACAGGUUCGCACACUAAGAAAUCAACUGCUGGAAGCUGACGAGAUCGGAGAUGAAUUUGGUCAGGAAGAAAAACUAACUUGCAGAUUAAACAGACUUCUAGAGGAAUACACAGAUGGUUUUUCAGUACCAAAGGAGCUAAUUCAGAACGCAGAUGAUGCUGGCGCCACUGAGGUCAGAUUUCUUUACGAUGAAAGAACCAACGAAGAUGCUAUGACCUGUUUGAUUGACGAGGGAAUGAAAGAAUGCCAGGGUCCUGCUUUGUGGGUUUACAACGACGCUGAGUUUAGAGAUGAGGAUUUUCAAAACAUUACCAAACUCAAUGGCAGCUCAAAAGAACAGGAAACCGAAAAAAUUGGAAAGUUUGGGCUUGGUUUUAAUACGGUCUACAAUUUGACAGACGUUCCGAUGUUCCUUAGCAGAAACUACUUUGUGAUUUUUGAUCCCAACACCUUUUAUCUUGGAAAAGCCAUCACAAAUAAGAGCAAACCAGGAAUAAAAAUCGACGUCAACAAGAAUCCAGAGAGAAAGCGAAGGUUUCGGAACCAAUUUAAACCUUUCAAUGGUAUUUUUGGUUGCGAUCUGCGAAUGAAUAAAGCUGACAACUCAUUUCCAGGAACUCUUUUUCGAUUUCCCUUGAGAACCAAAGCGCAAGCCGUGAGAAGUGAAAUUAAACAAGUUCAUUACGACAACAACCAAAUGAAAGAGCUGUUAGAGAUUUUUGUACGCGGGGCGAAAAAGUUGCUCUUAUUCACGCAAAAUGUCCGUCAAGUCAGCAUUUUUCAUCUGCUUGGAGAGUCUUCGGAACCGAUGCAGCCUAGACUGAUGUUUCAGGUGACGAAGUCAUUAUCACAAACAGGCAUCUGUAGGGAGUUGUCUUUUCCCUUAACAUUUCCAUCACAUCUUGGAAAUCUUUCCAAGGACGAACAGUACCUCUUGAAACAAAGCAACUUUCUACGAGCAUCAUCAGAGAUCGCGAAGCAUACAGGGGAUUCCAAGGCAACCAGAAAUGAUUUGCUAAGGUCAGCGUUUACAUUUAACAUUACAAGCAACGUUACCGAACGCGGACGCUUUUUCUUUGAGGAUAACAGCUCAUUACAAAGUAUAGCCGAGGUCUGGUUUAUUGCUUCGUCUAUGGGCAAAGGCAAAGCGAUGCAAUAUUCGCGUAAUGACAGGAGUCUGCUCCCAGCAGCUGCAGUAGCUGUUCAGUUGAUAACCAAGGAGAAUGAGAAGUUCACACCAAAACCUGUUGUCCGCCAUGCCACUGGAGGCAAAUCACAUCACAACGGAACAGUGUUCUGCUACCUUCCAAUUCCAAUACACAGUGGUCUCCCUGUGCAUAUAAAUGGAGCCUUCGCAGUAGCUUCGAACAGACGCCACUUGAAGCAGAAAACAGAGGACGACAAAGGCUGUGCUGGAGUAGAGUGGAACAACGUUUUAUUAACAGAUUCUGUUUGUCGAGCUUAUCUAGAUCUCCUAGAAGACAUGAAGUCAAGAGCUACUACGUACUCUUUUGACACACUGUGGCCCAGGGAGUGCGACGUGGAACCAUGCUGUGAACCACUUGCGCGCUCAUUCUAUCAGCAAGUUGCCACUGGAGGGUAUUCCCUCUUUUCAGAUGGAAACAGAUGGGUUGACAUCAAUGAAGUGGUCUUUCUAGAACCAUACUUUCGUGAGGAUCAAGAUGUUGGAGACAUAUCUUAUGCCGUUGUACAGAUGUUAGUCACCGAGGACAAAGUUGUCGUUGAUCUCCCUGUGGAUAUUUUCCAGUCAUUUGUUAAGUAUGGUCUAGAGGAACACAUCCGGUUGAAAACGUACGAUAAGGGCAGAUUUCUUCGUGAAUUGUUUUUCCCAAACAUCCCGUCCAUACCACCAGACAUGCGAGACAAAUUGGUCUUACACGCUUUGGAUGAUGCCAAAGGAGAAUUUGAUGAGCUUAUUGCAACUCAUGCUUGCAUUCCAUCUUCACCUAAUGGUGAAACGCUUAAGUGCCCCGCCGAACUUAUUCACCCGAAAAAGGCAGCGGCCUCGCUAUUUCAAAGUGAAGAUGAAAGGUUUCCCUUUGGCACUGAUGACACAUUUUUAGAUUGUAUAAGACUUACCAAACUCGAGCAACUUGGAAUGGUGGCAGAUGAUCCUCCUUGGGGUAUAUUUGAAGAAAGGGCACAAAGUGUCGGCGUUUUGAAUGAAGAAAGUAGUAAAGCAGCUUUAGAGCGUGCCAAAGCAUUAAUACGUCUUCUGGAAAGAAAGAUAUACUCUGAAGCUGAAGGCAAAGUCCCCGAAGGUGUCCAAAAGAAUCUUUUGCAAGUCAAAUUUCUUCCAGUUUCCACAAAACCAGAACAUUUUCCCCUUUUCUGGAAAGGGGGCGAUCUACGUCCCGAAAAAAGAGCAAAAUUGUUGUCACCCGAGGAGGCUUUUGUUGAAAGCGCGAUGUAUCUUGUUUGCUGUUCUGAGCCGCUUGUAGAUGGUAACAUCUAUCUUUCUUCAACUGUUAAAAAGUUUUUACAGUUGGACAAAGAAGCCUCAAUUAAGCAUAUCAUCACCCAACUUGAUGUGGCUUCUUCGUGUGCAAUCGACGGUCUGAAUUCAAUGCAAUUUGAACAAAUAAAGACUACCUGUUUAGAAGCUUACAAGUAUCUUCAGGCAGCUCUGAAUAAGAAUCAAAUUGAAGAAGAUAAAGUGCGAGAAGUUUUUCAGGGGAAAAAAAUCAUUCUUGCCGGAAGAGAGUUUGUUGAUACAGAACAUGUUGCUUUUGAAUUGCCUGUUGACUGUUGCCCUUACCUACAUAAGCUGCCUGAGGAUCUGGCGAAACAGUUUGGCAAUUUGCUGAGAAGCGUUGGUGUAAAACAGGUGUAUGAGGCCAGCGAUUUCUUCACUUCCUUGGAACAAAUAAAAAGGACCUUUGGGGAAGCAGUACUUGAAAAGAAUAUUCUUCAAGCUGCCGUUCAUCUAGCUUGUCAACUGGGCGAGUGCCUUACAGAUUGUAGCGUAUUUGAUGGAAAACAACAAACACUUUAUUUACCUGACUCCCAAGGCAUAAUGAGACCUGUGAAUAAACUAUGCAUCCAAGACUGCCUCUGGAUUUCAGAUGAAAAAGAUGUUUACUAUGCAGAGAGCAUGAUUCCUCAACCGAUAUGCCUGAAAUUGGGGGUAAAAACACGGCGAGCAGAAGCAUUAAGCCGCCUUGCAGUUGGAAUUCCGUUUGGACAAAAGGAGAAGCUGACAAACCGAUUGCAGAGACUACUUCAAGCCUACCCAUGUGAAAAAGAAAUUUUAAAAGAACUUCUUCAGAAUGCUGAUGAUGCAGAGGCAACAGAGAUUUGUUUUAUUAAAGACCCAAGACAACAUCCAGAUGAACGUGUUUUUGAAGAUUCAUGGAAACCACUUCAGGGUCCUGCAUUAUGCGUGUACAACAACAAACCAUUUGCUGAAGCGGAUAUCAAAGGAAUACAGAAUCUUGGGGAAGGAAGCAAAGGCGAUGACCCCAACAAAACUGGCCAGUACGGCGUGGGCUUUAACGCUGUAUACCAUUUGACUGAUGUACCUUCAUUCGCCUCAUGUGGCGACGAGAUUGGGGAUGUUUUAUGUGUUUUUGAUCCAAAUUGCAAAUACGUUCCGGGAGCUACCGAGUGGGAACCGGGCAGAAUGUUCAGGGAAACAACGAAGUUGAGAAACGAUUUUGUAGAUGUUUUUUCUUGCUAUAACGAGGAUCAUUUUUCCUUACGAAACGCUACUAUGUUUCGAUUUCCAUUACGAACUGAGGAAAUGGCAAAAGAUUCUAAGAUAUCUAAUUCUCCUAUUACACUGGAAACGCUACAAGGGAUGAUGGAGUCAUUAAAAACAGAGCUCUUUGAAGUCCUUCUGUUCGUUAACAAUGUCAAAAAGAUUACAAUGUGUGACAUCGACGACAGCGGACAGGUGGUGAACUCCUAUUUCGUCAAAGUGGAAAUGUCAGAGGAAGACUCAUUGGAAAGGCAGACGUUUGCCUCCUACGUGAAACAAAUUGGGGGGUCAUUUAAGCAGCAUCCGGAAAGGUCACCCAUUCAAGCCGAGGUUAAAAAGUGUUCCUACGUUCUGACCUUAAAAGACAGCAAAGAGAACGAGGAAAAAUGGCUAAUUGUUCAGCAGAUUGGGUUUGAGAACCACGUGAAAGAAAGCAUAAUCGAAGCCUACAGGAGCAAUAACCUAGGGAUGCUUCCUCGUGGUGGUGUCGCUUGCUUAUUGGAUCGUAAAUCAGCUUCAGCACAAAGAACAGAGGAAAAGAAGAAAGUGUACUGUUUUCUCCCGCUUCCCAUAGAAACAGAUCUUCCAUUGCACAUCAAUGGCCAUUUUGCACUGGAUCAUGAGGCACGACGAAGCUUAGACUCGACUGGUGGCUACAAAACUGAAUGGAACAACUUCUUAUUGAGUGAUGUCAUAGCGUCGUGCUAUCUCACACUUUUGGACAAAGUAAGACGUUUCUAUAGUUUGCCCGUUUCUCAGAGUCCCGAAGAAAUUAGCCUCAGCCGUUGCAAAGACGAAUUGGCAAAAAAUAUAAAAGAGUACGAAAAGCUGUUUCCGCGUGCUAUCUCAAGCAGUCAGCAUUGGGCCACUUUGGUAACGUCCGUGUACCAGAGAAUGGACUAA